AUGGUGAGAUUACCUAUUUUCCAGAGCCUCGUCAGUAGCUCGAGAAGCAACGCCAAAGAAGAACAAAGCAAAGAUCCUUCCGAAAAGAUCGAGAGUAAACCCGUUCCUGUCGGCAGUAUCUCAGAUCAAGAUGCAGUCCUUCGUUUAGAGCCCGUACCAAACCGGAACGGGCUCUUGGUCAAGAUAGAACCUCCCAAGGAGCCAUCCAUCAAGAUCCCCCAUAUCCCCUGCGAUAUUGUCCUGGUAAUCGACGUCUCGGGCAGUAUGGUAGCCGCUGCGCCAGUCCCUGGUGAGAGUGAGGAGAGCAACGGGUUGUCUGUCCUCGAUUUGACCAAGCAUGCGGCCCGUACAAUCAUCGAGUCAAUGAAUGAGAACGAUCGUCUUAGUAUUGUCACUUUUGCAUCAAAGGCAAAGGUUCUGCAACCUCUCCUUCCGAUGAAUAAGGACAACAAGGAUCUUUCUUUAAAGAAUAUUAAGAGCAUGGUGCCUCUGGAUGCUACCAACCUCUGGCAGGGUAUGCUUGAGGGCAUCAAGGUCUUUAAGGAUGGAGGAUCAUCGACCAAUGUUCCUGCAAUUAUGAUCCUUACUGACGGGAUGCCAAACCACAUGAACCCUGCUGCCGGUUUCGUCCCCAAGAUUCGCGCUAUGGGCCCUCUUCCAGCAUCCAUCCACACCUUCGGCUUCGGCUACAGUCUGCGAUCCGGCCUUCUCAAGUCAAUUGCUGAGAUUGGCGGCGGUAAUUACGCUUUCAUCCCAGACGCCGGUAUGAUCGGAACUGUGUUUGUUCACGCUGUCGCAAACCUACAGAGCACGUUCGCCACUCGCGCUGUCCUCAAGCUCACUUACACCAAGCCUUUGGAGCUGCAGGAAACCACUGGACCUUCCGUGGUGCAGAAGGCUCCUGAGUUUGCCGAUAAGUCUGAAGACAGUGCUGUGGAAUUGACGUUGAUGCUGGGAAACCUGCAAUAUGGCCAGUCUCGCGACAUAUUCCUCCGCAUCAAUAAUGUUAAACAACUCGAGUUUCUGAGCGAAAGCGACUCUACUCGCUCUGUUGUUCAAGCUCAUUUAACAUAUGUCAAGCCUGGAGAUUGUCUCAAGAGCCGCAAAGUCCUCGAAGCCAUGCUAGCUAAAGACGCUGACUUCAUUCCCAUGGCGAGUGCUCAGCGCAGUGUCCUUGAGUACAGCGACUUACCCGCAUCGGAAAUUGCUUACCACGAAUCAAGAUCCCUCAUCUGCAACUUCAUCUCAACCAUGUUCCCUAUGAAAAGAGAUGAAGAACGUGAAGUCGCAAAGGGUAUGAAAGAAAAGGGCAGCGAAUUGCGAACUUGGAUCGAGACUCUCCCCGCCAAGGACUUUGACGAUGAGAAGAACAAGUCCCUCAUGCAGGACAUAUCUGUCGAAGAGCCCAAGGGCCAGGUUUGCAUGGCUAUCGAGAGCAAGGAAUAUUUCCAGAAAUGGGGAUGCCACUUCCUCCCCUCUUUGCUAAAUGCACACACUCGUCAAGUCUGCAACUCCUUUAAAGAUCCCGGGCCGCUUCAGUAUAGCACGGGUAGCCCCCUGUUUAUAUCAUGCCGGGACGCACUAGAUCAGAUCUUUGACAACCUUCCCGCCCCUGAACCCUCACGAAAUCAGCGUGGUCAUCGAAGCCACGGCAGUCAUUCAUCCAGUCGAUUCACCUCCGUCAGCAUGAGCAAAUACCGCAACAGCAGCGGCGUCUGCUUUGCUGCGUCGACCGACGUAACACUGGCUUCUGGUCGAAUCGUCCAGAUCAGAAAACUUCGUCGAGGCAUGAAGGUCCACACACCUAGAGGCACCCGACGUGUCGCCAUGGUUCUCAAAACACCCGUCGAGCGUGAGUUACUCUGCCGCGUGGGUAAAGUCCUCGUUACACCGUGGCAUCCUGUAUCAUGCGACGGAAAGCGCUGGGAUUUCCCUGCGAAUAGAGCCGACGCUGCUGUGGCGUACACGGGGUGUAUCUACUCAGUACUUCUGGAGCGCGAUGCUAGUCCAGCUGCUCAUUCCAUCCGCGUUGGCGAUAUGUGGGGUGUCACUCUUGGGCAUGGGUUGACUGCCGGUACUGAUUUACGUGCACAUACGUUCUUUGGAGACUACAAUGCUGUCGGUAAAGGUCUCCUGGGUCUUCAGCGCCGUGGAAACGGUGUUGUUAUUGGAGGUGGUGUUGAGAGGGACGAAGAGACUGGAUUGGUCACUGGGUUCAGUCACUUCAAGAAGCAAAGCACAUUUUAA